UAUUUUCAUCUCCAUAUUAUACAAACUAUUAUUAUAGAAAGUUAGUAUAAGUUAUAUAUAAUGGAAGAUGACGAUGGAUUGUUGUUGAAUUUUGCGAUUCCUGACAAUAGCACUGUUAAACAUUCUAAUCAAACAUCUAAAGUUAGUGGAGGAAAAUGGAAAGAUCGUCGUAAACUUCAAUUAUCUUUACAAGGUAGAGGUAGAAAUGUUAGAAAAUCUAAUGGAGCAGCCUCUGGAGUUAAUAAUAGUAAGAUCAUUAGUUCAAGACUUGAUAAAAGUACUGAGAAUAAAGAAAAGCCUCAAGAUAAUCAUAAAGUUAUAGAAUCUCAUAAAGAAUCUCAAGCUCCUCCAUUGAAGAAAACUAAAUUUAGUGAAUCUAAAGGAGAAUUUGGUGGGAAGAAUAAUUCAUAUGUUUCAUCAUUAUUUACUUCUAAUAAGUCCAGUACUUUGAAAACCAAACCUGAAGUUAAAGAAGUAACGUAUUUAGCCUCAAAUGCACCACUUAAAGAUGCCACAUCAUUUGGAGGAUUAGGACUUAAUGAUAAAUUAGUAAAUCAUUUAGAAACUACUUUAAGAUUUAAACAUCCAACUAGUGUACAAAAGGCAGUUUUACCAAGUAUGUUAACUGUAGAAAGAGAUUUAUUUAUUAAAUCUCAAACUGGUUCUGGUAAAACUUUAGCAUUUGUUUUACCAAUAAUUCAUAAAUUAAUGAUGGAAAAUAAACAUAAAAUUACAAGAGAAUCAGGACUUUUUGCUAUAAUUCUUACUCCUACCAGAGAAUUAGCCACUCAAAUUUAUGGAGUUUUAGAAUCAAUUAAUCGUUGUUGUCAUACAAUUGUACCAGGUAUAGUUAUUGGAGGUGAAAAGAAGAAAUCAGAAAAGGCUAGAAUUAGAAAAGGAGUAAAUAUUUUAGUUGCAACUCCAGGUAGAUUAGCUGAUCAUUUUGAAAAUACUACUUCAUUAGAUAUUAGUCAAUUAAGAUGGUUAAUAUUAGAUGAAGGAGAUAAAUUAGUUGAAUUAGGAUUUCAAGAAACAAUUACUCAAAUUACUGAUAAAAUUACAAAAAGUUCUAAAAUAAUGGAUACAUUAAAUAAAUGGCAAGGAUUACCAUCUAAAAGAAUUAAUAUUUUAUGUUCGGCAACUAUACAAGAUACUGUUAAAGAAUUAGGUAAAGUUGUAUUACAUAAUCCUGAAUUAAUUAAUUUAGAAAAUAAGAAUAUAGCAACAGAUUUUACUACUGAUUCACAUGCUUUAACUACUGCUCCAGAUCAAUUAAUUCAAAAUAUAUUAGUAGUGCCGCCAAAGUUAAGAUUAGUUGCAUUAGCAGCUAUGUUAAAAAAAUCAACUAUGGAAGUCGGUGAAGGUAGUAAUAGAACAAUUGUUUUCUUUUCAUGUUCUGAUUCGGUUAAUUUCCAUUUUGAUAUCUUUACUAGAAAUGGUACUAAUCCUAAUAGUAAACAUAAACAUAAAGAUGAAGAUGGCGAUAAUGAAGAAGAUAUUGAAGAAGUAGAUACAAGUAUAUCUACAUCUCCAUUAAUUGCCAAGAGUACUAUGAUAUAUAAAUUACAUGGAUCAAUGACUCAACAAUUAAGAACAACUACAUUAAAUGCUUUUCUUAAGGAUACAAGUCAUAAACAUACUAUAUUAUUUUGUACAGAUGUUGCAUCACGUGGUCUUGAUAUGCCUAAUAUUUCAAAUGUCAUUGAAUUUGAUCCUCCAUUUACAGUAGAUGAUCAUUUACAUAGAAUUGGUAGAUCAGCAAGAGUCGGUAAUAAAGGUAAAGCUGCAUUAUUCUUACUUCCUGGAACUGAAGAAGGAUAUGUAGAUGGUAAACUUCAAGUUGUACAUCCAAAGGAAGGAAGUUUAAAAAUUAUAUCUUAUGAAAAUGUAUUAAAGGAUGGAUUUGCUGAAGUAGAAGAAGAAGAAGAAGUAGAAUAUCAAGAUAAAAGAUCUAAGAAAGUAGAUCCAAAACAUAAACAAGGUAAAUGGGAUAUACAUGCCACUACUUGGCAUUUAGAAGUUGAAAGAUGGUUAUUAGAAGAUAGUAGUGCUCAUGAAAGAGCUGUACAAGCAUUUACUUCUCAUAUAAGAGCUUAUGCAACUCAUUUAUCUUCAGAAAGAAAUUUCUUUAAUGUUAAAUUAUUACACUUGGGACAUUUAGCUAAAAGUUUUGGAUUAAGAGAAACUCCAAAGAAAUUAGGUAAAUCAGUUGGUUCUAAUACUGGUAUACAAGAAGGAUCUAAGAAAGUUAAAAAAGAAGAUCCUAGAAAGAAAAUGUUAAGAAUUGCAAGAUUGGCUGUUAAAUCUUCAAGUUCGGAAUUUAAUUAUUAGACAUGUAUGUAUAUUUA